CCUAAAUCUGUCCACAGUCAGAGUGGGGACUAGAUUUCCUUACAAAAAGAAAGUCUCAAUAACUUGAAGGGGAAUACAUGUUUUAAGAUUAGGUUUCGGUUCAGGUUAGGUAAGGUUUAACAAGGUGAGUGUUAGGGGCUACGGAAUGCAUUAUGUAAAUAAGUAUUUGAACAAAGGUGUAUCUGGGUGCAUGCGUGUGUGUGUGCGUGCGUGAUUGUAUGUUUGUGUGCGUGUGUGCCUGCGGGGAGCUCCAACUUACCGACCUCUGAAAGUUUAAUGAGACCACGGUCGUUCCAGGUCGACGGCCUCAACAUGCAGCAGGCGACCCACCACGAGGCGGUCAGCGCCCUCAGGAAUGCUGGGAGCUGCAUCAAUAUGAAAGUGCUCAGAGAGGGGCCACCACCCCGAGGGGUGCGUGACCCGGACGAGCCUCUAGAGCCUCGGGACGUGACGGGACGACAGCUCUGCAGCCAGGAUGCCGGAGGCCGGAGGAGCAAACAGCCGAAGAUGAAGAGCGCGGACGAGUGUUUGUCCAGGAAGAUUGAGGCGGGUGUCUGCAACGGCAAUGGCGCUUCUGAGCUGGAGGCAGAGGCGUUAACAAGAAAACACGGUGCUCUGGCUGGAAAGCAGACGAUGACAAUCCCGCGGAUCAUCCUUACUCAUCCUUCUAUAUCAGAUGAAGAUGCAGAGCUCUUGACACAGACAGCCAGCAGAGAGCCGCUGCAUGACUUUGACCUUCCUAACAGACACGUACACCCCGACUGUUUCGACAGCGCUUUCUUCCCACCCUGACCUCAGCACCCAGCUGUGGACAUGAAGGACACAGACUAUUACUUUUUUAAUAGCGGCAGCAUUUUCAGAGAGCUGGUCAUGGAAGGUUUAGUGUGAGGACAAACUGUUGGAAUGUUUGUGUUACUGCCAUCGCAAAGCUUUAUGUCUGUCACACUCAACUGCUACUACUAGUACUUGAUGUUAUUAAAGAAUGGGCAGAUUUCUGAAUUUAUUUUUAUGGCUAGAACCAAAAGAGGUUUGCCUGCUACAGAGAACAGUUGAGCAUGUCCGACUGGUCUCUAAUGCAGAAAUAAGAUACAUGACAUCAUGUUACACACACCCAAUUAGACGAUGAAUGCUGCUGGCUGCUUCUACUUUACAUCGUUGUGCUGUAUGUUGUGAAUGCGAUAUCAAUUGCCCGUGACAAUGUGAAGCACAGGAACUUUUUUUAAUUGUCUCCGCUGACAUCAAAUGGCUAAUGGCUGAACAGAAAGCACAGUGGUGAGUCCAGAGUCCUGAGACCGAGGGAACUCCGCUCCACAUCUGCUGUUUGCACCACUUCACACUCAUGAGAACAGACGCUGCACAAAUGUUUGUGAAAGACAAACACUGGAAGAUUCAAUUUUUUUUGCAUUCCAAAGCCUAGAAUGUACAAACUGUAGACGUUGAUACCCGCCCUGUGUUAGUUCACAGAAAGAAGAGUUGACUGUUCAGUGUUUUCAAUAAAGUGAAAAUAUAUUGUUAA